GUCUCCGAUACACCAGAAGCGGCUACAUCGUGCUGCUCCGGGCCGGAAGACAUGAUGUUACAGAUUCGGACGGCUCUUUGUUGAUAUCAUGAACUCUAAUGACUUCGGACUUAAGGACGGUUUAAUCGAGACCGAAACGCUGUGGCUGAUAAAGAUCCCAGCCAAGGUUCAUGGAACAAAUAAGCUUAAUUCCAGACCACAACGUUCUCGACAUCCACGAAGCAAGCGCAAAGUUACAUCUGCGAAGCGUGGGACAACAUCCAUAUUAUCCUCACAAUUACGUGAUGACACUCAUGAGCACUGAGCAGUCUGUACCUAAGCCAUGGACUCUCCACGCGAAUCGGCGGUUCAUCAUCCCGACCCGACGCCCGCGUCAUUGACCCAAGUCUUGGCCCGACACGGAAGCCGAAUACUCGCUUAGAUCCAAAUAGCGGCUCAGAAGCGCGCCAAAUAUUAGACCGCAACGGAGCCCGAGACCAGAUCUCCAACACCUUUUGUUAUGUCCUGUUGCAUCAUGAUUCUGUAUGGCCAAUCCAAAGAUGAUACGGGGAGACGUCUCGCCGGGUUUUGGAGUCAAGCGAGGGUUUUUGAUAUGUUCAUUCCGAAGGCCGAGACUUGGUCGUGGAUCUUUUAUAUAAUUGACUGUGUCCCAAGCCUGUGUGGUACAGUCAGUUGAAUGUCAUCAAGUAGUCUUCUUACCUGCCCAGACGCCUUAAAGAAGCUUAUAUUUAAGCAUUCGGCUGCUUCCGUGUUACUUUCUUCACGCCUCUGCUCAACCCAAUAGGUGUAUAUCGAAUCAUAGACAUUGGCACUUACAAGAAAUAUCAACCAUGUCUGAAUCACAAGACCAACAACAACAUGGACCACCCUACAUCCCCAAAAAGAACGCCCUCAUCGGCGGACACCCCACCCCGUCCCUCGACAUCCCCAUCUCCUCCGUCCUCCUCGCAAUCUACAUCCUCGGCGCCAUCCUCCACAUGACCACCUUCCAACUCAACCGCAAAAGACGCUCCCACAAAUUCCUCAUGUCCUGGGCCCUCUUCGGCUUCUGCAUGGCGCGAAACGCCACCUUCGUCCUGCGCAUCGUAUGGGCCACCCGCCCCACCAACGCCAGCGUCGUGAUCGCAUCCAUGAUCUUCUCCGCUGCAGGCGUCCUGAUCGCUUAUAUAGUGAUGCUGCUCCUUGCGCUGAGGCUGUUUAGGGCGACGCAUCCGGAGUUGGGGUGGAGCGGGAAGUUGAGGGUGGUUUGUAGGGUGUUGUAUGUGGCGCUGUUUGUGGCGUUUGUGUUGACCAUUUCGUUUACGAUUGAGAGCUUUUAUACGCUCGAUGCGGGGAUUAAAAAUGUGGCGCUUUGGGUGCAGAGGGCGAGUAGUUUGGUUAUGUUGUUGUUUAAUGUUGCGGCGCUGGUUGUUCUUUGUCUGUCGAUCUUCCUGCCGAGGAAGUCAGCUCCGGAGAACUUUGGAACGGGAUCGAUCAAGCGGAAGACGGUUAUCCUGAGCAUAAUGAUGUUCUUCGUUCUGUUCAUCAUUGGCUUCCGUUUCGGCACGACUUGGGCGGAUGCGCCACCUGCUUCAAGCCCGGCGUGGUGGGAUUCCAAACCAGCGUUCUAUAUCAUCGAGUUUGGAUUGGAGAUUGUGGUGAUCUUCGGCUUGCUUUUGAUCAGAUUUGAUCGUAUGUUUUGGGUUCCGAAUGGGAGUGCCAAGGCUGGUGACUAUCACAUGUUAGGCGAUGCUGCACAGCAGGAGAAGCGGUUGGAGGAGGGCGAGGAGACGAACGAGAGGUUGCGCAGCUCGGGCGAAGAGAGUUUGCGACAGGUCAAGGAGAAAAAGGAUAAUGCAUAGCGGGAGUGAUAGACGGUGGAUUUUAUCCAGCUGAAGCUGCGAACACCACUCUGGUCAGCUUUGUAAAUAUAUAGACUAAUAGAAUGUAAUGUCAAC